AUGGAUAAAUUAAUAAAAGAGAUAACAUGUUUACAAGAAUGGAGUCUCUCAACAGCAUCUAUUAUUCAGGAAAAUUCACCCGAAAUUAAUGAUGCUUUAGUGUAUUCUUUACCAUUUGUUCCUCGAAAUUCUUUUAAAAUUGCAGUAUUAAAAAAUUCUGAAUCUAUUGUUACUAUUACCCCUGACAGAGUUAUGAGAGUUAAUAAUAUAAAAGAUGACAAAUUAAUUUUAAAAAGUGUUAUUAAAUUAAAACAAGAUGUACUUCAUGAUCAGGCAAUUUUACAAUAUUCUGAGUCAGGUCACCUAAUUCUUAUCACAAGAUCUUUUGGUUUUUUAGAUAUUUUUGAUAUUAAUGGUGUUUUUAAAAAUACUAUAAAACUUUCAAAUAAUACUAAAAGUGUGUUUGACUCUAUCUCAUGUAUGCAAUCUGUGGUAUUAGAGGAUGAUUAUUGGACUGAUAAAGUAUACAUGCUUCAGUGUAAUGGUUCAUUUAUAUGUACUAAGUUGGCUGGUGAUGGAAAAAUUGAAACUGUUUUCAAUAUAACUAUUCAAUCAGAUGGAUAUAUAAAUUGUUUUCAUUAUAAUUCAAAAUAUAAUAUUUUAAUAACAUCAAGUGUAUUUAUAAAAUCUAAAGAAACAAAUAAAAAAGAAUUGUCUAUUAUUGAUAAUUAUGGUGUUAGUGUUUAUAGAAAUUCCAACUCAAAUGGUGAAUCUUUUGAUUUAUUUUUGGGUGCAAAUAAAGUUGCUAAAAAAAUCGAUUCUUUCUUAAAUCUUAUAAGUUCAUUUUACAAGUAUGAAUCAAUAAUAACAUUUUCAACCAAUUCAGAUGAAACAUCACUUAUAUCAUUAACAAAUUUAGGAAAAGUUAUAAUAGCUUCUAUACCAAGUAUGAAAAUUCUUCAAAUAUUAGAUCCUACAAUAUUACUAAAAGAUUCAAAUAUUUUUGUUUCUAUUUUAUCCAAUGAAAAUAAGGAAAUAACUUUACUAGUAAAUAAUGGAGAUAUUUACCAGGAAAAUUAUGAAGAAAUAUCAGAAAACAUAAUUGCUGGAAAGGUAAAGUCAAUAUUUAAUAAUUGUCUUGCACUAUCCAAGGGAAAUGAAGAUAAAUUAAUAUGUUUUAAUGGUAUCAAUGCUCCAGAUUUUUAUCAGCUUGAUAGAAAAGAUUCAUCUAUAAAUACUUCAUUAUUUUUUGUCUUUUUCCUAUGGAUUUUUACUUUAUUUCAAAAACUAUAUUUUCUAUCAUAUAAAUUUUUUCAAAAAAAUAUAAAAACAAAAAGUAUAGAAUAUAAAUCAAGGAAAAUAGAUCUUUCAAUUAAUACAAUAAAAAAUACAACUUUUGAAAUUUAUCUAGAAAAAUUAUUAUCUCAAAAAAAUUAUGAAAAAGCAAAAGAUUUAGCUAAAGAACAUAAUUGUUUUGAUAUUGAUAAUAUUAAUAAAUUUCAAUGGAAUGAUGCUAAAGAACCAUCAGAUGAAUUAUUAACUAUAUUAAAUGAAAUAAAAGAUAAAGAAUGGGUUGUCAAUGAAUGCCUUAAAUGUAAUUUUCCUGACUAUGAUUUUCAAUUGAAACUUAAAGAAAUUUGUAAUAAAUUAAAAUCUCAAGUUUCAGAGGAGUUACAAUUUCUUAUUUCUCAUAGUAAUCUUAUUUUUGAACUUGGUGAAUGGGAUGAUAUUGAAAAAUUUAAUCAAGUAAAACAAAUGAGUUUACUUGACUUAGGAAUAUUUAUAUUACAGGAGGAGCGUAUUGAUAUGGCUACAGAAUUAAUAAAAUCAUAUAGAAAAUUAUUAAAACCUUACAUAUUAAUAAUGUUAUAUCAUAUUCCAGAAAGUGUAAAUCCAAGACAAUAUACUGAGUUAUUGCCAAAUAUUAAAGGACAACCAGAAAAUGAAAUUGAUCCAUAUUUAUUUUUAGAUGAAUUUACUGAAAAACAUAUAGAAUAUUUUGAAAAAGAAAAAGAAUUAAUUUUACAUAGUUGGAAUGUGAUAAUGGAACAAAACCUUGAUAUUAUUCCAUAUUAUUUGGAAGGAAAAAAUCAGCAAACUAUUUCUUUUGACUGGUUGAAGAAACGUAUAUUAGAAAUUGAUGAAAAAUGCGGGUUGGCAAAUUAUAGUAUGAGGUUAUCUGAAAUAUCAACAGAAAGGGGAUUUGUUGAGAUGGAAGUUUAUAUAAUGCAUUGUUACUUUUAUCUUCAGUAUUUGUUGAGACUUAAUGGAGGUGUUUCAUUAACACUUGAAACAUUUUUAAAUAUUGAUAGUCAAAUAGUUGCAAAAAGUGUCAUAAAACAUAUGUCUCCAGCAACCAUAAUUGAUAAUAUUCCUUUAUUAGUUAAAAUAUUUUCAUAUUUUGAGGGAAAAAAUAUGGAUUCAUGUGCAGAAAAAGACAUGGCAUUAAUUCUUGAACAUUGUUCUCAAACAUCAAUGGCUGCUUUAGAUGUCAUGACAUCAAAUUUCCCAAAUUUUCUUACAUAUAAAUCUAUUGAAAAAUGUUUUUGUGCUUCUAAUUUAAAAGGAAAACCCCUAAUAGAUGAAUGUCAAAAAUAUAAAAUUGAAAAAGAAAUAAUAGAUGCAAGAAAAAAUCAUGGUAAAGCUUGGAAUUUAUUGAUGAUGUUAAUUAGAAAUUCUGAAUGUUUAUCUGAACAGGAUUGGAAAUAUAUGAUAAUGGAUGUAAAUGAUAUUAGAACUGUUAUUUUUGAUAAAAUUCUUACAUUUGAAAAAGUUAACCAACUGCUACUUGAUGAAAUGAUUGAAUUAAUUGAAAAGGUUUCACCUGACAAAAUACCAAUUCAUUUAAUAAGAAAUGAUGGAAACUUGUCAGAGGAAAAAAUUGAUCAAAUUCUUUUAGCAAAAAGUAAUCAUUAUUUAAAUAUGUCCCUUCCAGAUAUCAAUGAUGAGAAUUUAAUUUUUGCUGAAAGAGUUUUAAAUUUAAUUUCUAAUAAUAUUAAUAACGAAAAAUAUGAUUUACAAAAAAGGCAACUUGAAAAAGUUAAAUUGUCCUUGAAAUUAGGAUGUAAACGUAUACCAGCUCAGAUUAUGUUUUGUGAUGGUGAAGAAUUGGUGAGAGAAUUAAUUUUUAUUAGUGAUAAUUACAAAAAAAUUGAGAAACUUACUCAACUAAGUGAUUUAUUUGAUAUACAAUAUUCAAGAUCAAAAGUAAUGGCAAUGUGUAUUGAAAGAGCAAUUGAAGUGGAAGACAUUUCUAUCUUAAAAAGUUAUAUUGAAGAGCUAAGAGAAAUUUCCAGAAAUAUAUCUAUGGUAUUUAAUACAUGUAUACUACUUUGGAAAUCUAAAAUGCUCCCUGAUAUGAAAGAAGAAAUAAUGGCUUGUAUGUUUUUAAAUUGUACCAGUGAAAAUGAUAUUCUAAUAGCAUUUGAUAUUAUGAAUUCUGACGGAAUGGAAAGUAACAAGGAGAUUGAGGAAAAUAAUUCAUUUUGGUUGGUAAAUAAUUUUAUUUAUAAUUAG